UUUCCUCCACAAAUAGUUACUUGUAAAGGUUAGUAUAGAGAAUGUGAUUGAGAAACAUGUAUGUGAGUUAUAAAGCAAAGUGUUUCACAAAUGAAUGAGAUGGUAGCGGUUACAGAUAACUACAGUAGGUUUAUAUUUUCAUAAAAGAUUUGAGGGCGGAAGGAGUAAAAUCAUGUAUCUCAAGCAUCUAUUUCCAUUGGACCAGUUGUGGAAGUGGUGUCAUCGGCUUCUUUGUCAGAGAAGAUGUUCUCUUACUAGAGUCAUUUUUAUAAUAACCUUAUUGAUAUUAAUAUCGUUAUUAUUCAUGAGUUAUCGCCAUGGUCACUGGACAACAGAAUCAAAGAGACGUCAGUACUCCUCACCACCCACACCUAUUACAACAUGUAAUUUAAUGAACAAACCCAAACAUGAAAGAGGUCCAAACAAUCAUGAUACUCAGGGAAACCUCAGAAUCGGACGAAAGGUGCUUAUAAUGGUGGAUUCUCCAUUCUCGAGGAAUGCCAAAAAUAUUGCAGCUUCUAUGGAAUUCUCAAGAUUCCCGUAUAAAAUCGUUGACGAUGAGAAAAAUUUACCAACCUUAAUUCAUAUGGGUAAAGGUAGAUUUGGUGUGAUUGUAUUUGAGACAAUGGCACUGUAUUUGUCAUUGGACUCGUGGAAUCGACAAUUGAUUGACAAAUACUGCCAAGAAUAUAAUGUGGGUGUGAUAUUCUUUAUGAAACCUAGAGGCGAAUUGGAGGUUCUAAUGGAGAAUGUGCAGGAUUUUUCAUUUUCAGUGCAAUACAAUAUAGCUUUAAAAGAUUAUUCUUUAAAUACAGCUUCUGAUGUGUGGAGAAUAACGAAACCAGGGGAGGUAAUAAAAGAAACAUUUCCAGAAGAGGACUGGGCAGUGUUUUAUCCGAAUCAUUCAACAUUUGAACCAUUAGCGUUCGCUACACAGACAGCAUCCCUGUACGAUGAUUAUGAUCCUCUAACUGUUAUCAAAAAUAAAACAGUAUUUCCAGCUAUUCUUGAUACAGGGAAAAAUGAUGGAAUUAGACGAGUAUUCUUCGGUCACAAUUUUUCGUUCUGGUUGCAUUCUUUACUACUGCUGGAUAGUAUUUCUUUCUUGUCCCAUGGGAAGUUGAGUCUUGGACUAGAGCGCCUUAUACAGAUUGAUAUUGAUGAUAUUUUUGUUGGAGCUAAGGGAACAAGGAUGAAAGCCCAUGAUGUGGUGGCAUUGUACGAGGCCCAGGAAAGGCUUAAACAAGAAGUGGAUGGUUUCCGGUUCAUGCUAGGAUUCUCUGGCUGGUAUUAUCAACAUGGUACAGAGGAAGAAAAUAUUGGUGAUGAAACACUUCUCAAAUAUAGGAAUCAUUUUAACUGGUUCCCUCAUAUGUGGAGACAUGAGCAGCCUCAUAAAUUCACAGAAGAUGAACUUCUUAAAAAUAUGGCCCUUAAUUACCAGUUUGCAAAGGACUAUAAGAUACCAGUGGUUCAUCAGUAUGCAGUAGCCCCACAUCAUUCAGGGGUGUUCCCAGUUCAUGAAUCUUUGUAUAACUCGUGGAAGUCAGUUUGGGAUAUAAGGGUCACCAGUACUGAAGAAUACCCUAAACUACACCCUAGCUGGGGUAGGAGAGGAUUUGUACAUAGUGGAAUAAUGGUAUUACCCAGGCAGACUUGUGGACUGUUCACACAUACCAUAUUUCUUAACUCAUACCCAGGUGGUCCAGCCAGACUGGAGAAGAGUAUCUAUGGGGGAGAACUCUUCAAGGCCUUCCUGUACAAUCCACUGAAUAUAUUUAUGACACACUUGUCUAAUUAUGGCAAUGAUCGCUUGGCACUGUACACUUUUGAGAGUGUUAUAAAGUUUGUACAGUGUUGGACUAACCUUAAGCUGAUACAGAAGUCUCCCAUGGAUCAUGCUAUAAAAUAUUUUGACAUGUUUCCUGAGGAGCAAGACCCUGUGUGGAAGAAUCCAUGUGAUCAUGAUAAACAUCUGGAGAUUUGGUCCCCAAACAAAACAUGUGAUAAGUUCCCUAAAUUACUGGUCAUAGGACCACAGAAAACUGGUACCACAGCUCUUUAUACAUUCUUGUCCAUGCACCCUCUGGUGAGGAGUAACUAUAAUAGUAAAGACUCUUUUGAAGAGUUACAAUUCUUUAGUGGAAAUAACUAUUUCAAUGGUAUAGACUGGUAUUUGGACUAUUUUCCAAGACCUAAUAACGCCAGUACAGAGAUGUUGUUUGAAAAGAGUGCUGGAUAUUUUGAUAAUUCCAUUGUUCCGAAGAGAGCACAUGCAUUACUUCCAAAUGCUAGGUUAAUCUGUAUACUGAUAAGCCCAGCCAAACGAGCAUAUUCUUGGUACCAGCAUAUGAGAGCACAUCAAGAUCCUGUUGCCCUUAACUACACAUUCUACGAGAUAAUCACUGCCCUGGAUACUGCACCUAGACAAGUCAAAGCAUUGAGAAAUCGUUGCCUGAACCCAGGAGUUUACGAGUACCACCUAGAGAACUGGCUGGAUUAUUAUUCUUCAAGACAG